UUGCACUGUGUUUCUGUGACUUUUAGAUGUCAGCGGCACAUUCAGUUUUCUAAAAACAAACCAACAAAAAAGCCAGAAUCUAUUUCGUGCCAGUGCUACUAGGUUGAAAAUGGCUGACGACUUCGGUUUCUCGACUUUUGACAACGGGGUACAUGGGGUUGAAGAAGACCCAGCAGCUGCGUUUCUAGCUCAACAAGAAAGUGAAAUAGCGGUGAUUGAGAAUGAUGACGAUGGUUUCGGGACCCUGGAGGAAGCAGAACAGCCACCCCAAGAAUCGCAGUCAUCUCCCCCUCAGUCACAUCCCGAGACAGACGCAUUUGAAGAAGAACCUGCAGCAACAGUAAAUGGAGACAUGUUUGAGACUGCCAAUGGCACCACUGACAGCUAUUCAGCUAUUGCCCAAGUUGACCAGCAGAGACAGGAGCCAGAAAGCCUUCGCAAAUGGAGGGAGGAGCAGAGGGCCCGUCUGGAAGCUUUAGAUUCGGCUUCCAAAGCGGCAGAGGCUGAAUGGAAAGAAAAGGCCAAGAAGGAGCUAGAAGACUGGCACUUGCAUCAGAAUGAGCAGAUGGAGAAGAAUAAAGCGAACAACAGGAUUGCUGAUAAGGCUUUCUACAAACAACCUCACUCUGAUGUGAUAGGCUUUGUGGCGUCAGAGGAGGCCUUCCUGAAGGAAUGUGAUGACAAUAGCCCCGGAUCUGAGUGGGAAAAAGUGGCAAGGCUCUGUGAUUUCAACCCAAAAACAAGCCGCCAGACAAAGGAUGUCUCUCGAAUGCGCUCUGUGCUUAUAUCUCUUAAACAGACACCCUUGGUUCGCUAAAAUUGAGGUCCCUUUUUUGUCCAAGCUUUUCUCUCUUUCCUUCUUGCACUUUAUAUUAGCAGUGAAGUGUACACUAAUUGGUAAUAUUUAAAGGUUAUAGAGGGCAUUCGAUAUAUUGAAGCUCCUGAUCUAUUUAGACUCUGCCCUGGUGUUUCUGCCUUGUCAAAAGAUUUUCUGCCUUCCAUUCGUACGUCUUCAUAUUUGCCAAAUUUUUAUAAGGAAAAAUUUUGUCCACAGCCCUAAUCAUGUCAAGGAUUCAAUCCAAUGUUUAUGUAUGUCUGUUUAAUGUAACUGUUACACACACACACACACCAUGAAAGUUGAAAUGGCCUAAGAGCCUGUGAGAGACCAUACAAAAAGAAAGUUCCUAAUCUUAAGCCUUAACACUCUUGGACCCAUCUGUUACAUGUAACCAAGACUAACAGUAGCAUAAGAUGUAAUAAGAUGCCACUCACAAUACAGUAUGUUUCUGUGCCCAUCCAUUGCAAAUAAUGCCUCACAGUCAGGUCUCAAGAAUACUGAAAUGUUUUAAAACUCUGUGUCAGCAUAUUUUCAUGGGGUCAUGUAAAGUAGAUCCACAGCUGGCUACUUGCAGAAUAGUUUUGUUUCUCUUUUGAAGCCUAAGGUGUCUUGUGUGCUAAUUUUCCUUGAUUUGAAGAUUAUGUUUACUCAGAACUAUAGCAGUUACCAUGUGCAAAUUUAGUUUCAUUUGACUGAGUUCGUAUUUUAUCGUUCACGUUUCCCCAGUGAAGAGUGGCUGACUGUUUUGGAGUUUUCAAUAUGUUACUGAUGACCUGUUACAUGCUUACACAUAACUUAAAGCCUUGCGGAAAUGUAACUUUGACCACUGUUACAAGCUGUUGAUUUUAACUAGUUUAUUUGCACAAUAUAAUCUGAAUGUCUCUUGACUGCCAAAGAUUCCAUUGAAAUUUUCUAAUGUCUGUUUCAUCUGGAGUGCCGUCACUUGAAAUUGCUAACAUAUUUUUAUGCCGAUACAUCUCUUACUGCAAAGUGUGCUCUUCCUGAAGUUGUGCAAGACAUUGUUACAUUUCAUAAACUUCUCAAUAAAACGGCUUAACUUUGUUCAUGACCAAUAUCAGGAG